UUCCUCCCCCCAUCAGACGCGGUUAGGACACUCAAUAGAUCCUCGUUAGCUUUCCUUUCAGCACAGUCAAAAAGAGCAUUUAGUUCUUAAACGCUCAAUGUUUGACACCCCCCUCAUUAUACUACUCUAUUCUUGUCGUGAAAUUCCCACUCUUUCCAAUCUCGCGUGGUGAAGCCACUAUCAAGACCACCCACGUGGCAGCGGACAAGGAGAUCUCCCCAGAGAUAUAUAACUCGUGGUCUUGGACUUCUUCCAGGAUACGCCAGACUUUUCUCCAUCACAUCCUGGCUUUGCCACGAGCUUGAAAUCUGGUUGGAUCCUUGGCUUCUAGGUUCUGACUGUCCACUCGCUGAUCAUUUCUUCCUCUUCUCCCGUUUUGACUUUGAUUUGAACUUCACCAGCAUGCAACUCAAGCACGUUGUACCGGCCGUCCUGGCCGUAUACGGCGCUCGGGCUGCUCCAGCCUCGUCCCCCGCCGAGGACCUGAACUUAUUCGCAGAGCGGGAUACGGCCGCGGCCUCCGCUCAAUCGUUUUAUAUGCCUGCUUCAACUCUGCAAACGGACAUCCUUGGUGCCAAAGCGUUGGUCAACCUGGCCAUCUACCAACUCACCAACCCGUCUGGAAGCUGCAACGUUCUCAACGCAGCUGUGCGUCGGGAAUGGUCGACCCUGUCGAAGCAAGAACGACGAGCAUACAUUGAUGCUGAACUCUGUCUGAUGUCCAAGCCUUCCCAGGACCCUGCGUUCGCCGCAGGUGCCAAGUCACGCUACGACGACUUUGUGGCUGUCCACAUCAACCAGACCUUGUCCAUCCACGGAACGGCAAACUUCCUCGCGUGGCACAGAUACUUCACCUGGUCGUUCGAGCAAGCCUUGAGGAACGAAUGCGGCUACACCGGUUACCAGCCGUACUGGAACUGGGGCAAGUACGCCUUCGACCCCAUCCACAGCCCUCUCUUCGACGGCUCUGACUACAGCAUGUCCGGCAACGGCCAGUACGCGCCGCACAACUGCACCAAGGCCCUGCCCACCGGCCUCAACUGCAUCCCUCCCGGAUCGGGCGGCGGCUGCGUCAACACCGGGCCGUUCAAGAACUACACGGUCAACCUUGGUCCCGUGUCCCCCACGCUCGCCAUCCCGGGGAUCAUCAACUACACGAACCCCAACCCUCUCGCCUACAACCCUCGCUGCCUCCGCCGCGACAUCUCCUCCUGGGUCUCGUCCAACUGGACCAAGGACUCGGACGUGUACGACCUGAUCACCAACUACAACGACAUCGGAUCCUUCCAGAACCGCAUGCAGGGCGACUUCGCCACCGGCUUCUACGGUGUCCACACCGGCGGUCACUUCACCACCGGCGGCGACCCGGGCGGUGACCUCUUCGCCUCGCCCGCCGAGCCCACCUUCUUCCUGCACCACGCCCAGAUCGACCGCACCUGGUGGAUGUGGCAGAACAUGGACCUCAAGGACCGCAAGUCCGCCUUCACCGGCGGCACCUCGACGCUCGACCCGACCGGCAGCCCACCCGGAAAGCUCACCGACCCCAUCAACAUGGGCAGCCUGUCCAAGUCUGUCCAGAACCAGGAUGUCAUGAGCACCACCGGUGGCCCCUUGUGCUACAUCUACGUAUGAGACAUGACCACACAUGAAAGGAGAAGAAAGAAGGAGCAAUUAGAGGACAUUUCAUUGAGGGUAUACUUGUAUACAUUUUUGUAAUGGUCGGAUCAUGUCCCUUUGUUUUGUUUUUGUUGUUGAUCGCAUCAAAAUCAUUUUAGCCAUUUUUUCAUGUCCAUGGUUUUCAAGAGAUUUCCCUUCAUUUCGGCAUGCAGCAUGUUUCACGUUUUUACAAGUAUUGUUUAUUUUUCCGUCAUUUCGGUACUUCAGAUUCGUAUGUUUCGAUCCACCUUGAAGUUGACUCGUAGAUCUUGUUCUGUCGACCAAAAUAAACCGUGAGACGGUCAAAAC